CUCUAUCUGGCAGUUGCACAUAAGCAGCAUUUUAAUGACGCAACGUCGCAUGAUGAUGACGUAGACGAAUGGCCCAGGUGCAGUUUGGGCUUUAUAGAGCAAGAAAAAUAAAUAAAAAGACAGGUUCUGGCCUUUCCGUAAAAGGAAAAGUUUUUGGCGAUGCACUCGUCAGUCCGAGAAAUCCUCAUCUCAUCCGAGCCGGACUCCCCCUACUUCCUCCGCGUGGACGGGAGCGGUUGGGACACUGCGUCCGGCUUCCGGCUGCUGCUAAGCGACGGACGCCACGCGUGGAGAGGUGAAGCGAGCGAGGCCUCUGUGUGCCAGGAGGCGGCGGAACUAGAGAUGCCCGAAGACAAGUACAUUCAGGACCUACGGGAGGCGCUCACAGGGGAGGGUAGCCCGGCCUCUUACCGCUUGACAUUGUUGCCGUCACCACCCGACGGCGGCGCCGAGCUCACGCUGACCUACCACAAAGUCCAGAAGGACAUCUCGUUCAGGUUGGGCUCGGUGAUGCUGAACCCCGUUCCGGAGCCGCGGGAGGCCGUGAGAGCUUUGCUGACUUACAGUCUGGAGAGAGGAACCUCUCUGGAGCGCCAUAACCAGGAGCUCCGGGAGCAGAACCGACGGCUGGGACGAGAACACGGCCGCAUCGCCGCAGAGCUAAAGCGCUACGCAAUCGGGAGAGAGGAGCUGGAGACGGAACUUUACUCUCGCUUUGUCGUGGUCCUCAAUGAAAAGAAAGCGAAAAUCCGCAGCCUGCAGGAAAAGCUCAAGGCGCUACAGGAAGUCAGGAGCGACAAGACUGAUCUGGAAAACGACGAGUACGCUGGCAGCACCGAUGAAGACGCCGAAGCUGCGCCAGAUGCCGCUGCGGCAGCGGCUUCUGACGAGGCGAGGCCCUGCUCCCCCACCCCGUUGGACGACAUCACGGACGUGGCGCCCAAUCGGAAGCGGCGUUUCCGCCACCGGGGAGCCCCUGCGGACACGGCCGUCAAGCGACCGCAUGCAAGGAACACCCCACUGGCGGCAACCGAUCCGCUGCCGCUGCGCCGCCCGGAUGAAGAGGAGGACCUCUUUGAGGACUUCUAACGUACAGCGAGAGAAGGCAUUUUGUCACUCAAAAGUUAGCCAUUUGGCUGCCUUUGACUCAUGAGGUGUCAAACUUGUGGUUCAGGGGUCAUAUCCGCCCCACUGCCUCAUUUUUGUGGCCCGCAAAAGUCACCCACGUGCAGGGACUUCAUGUUUCUUGCUAAAAUGAAUAAGCCAUCAAAUUUCUGUUAUCCUAAAUGAAAUGUUGAGAAGUACAGAAAUCAGAAUAUUUGCAGUUUUUUUUUAAAUUUAUCAUGAAUAAAUGAAUAUUUAUUAAAAAGAAAUACCAGUACUGUACUUGCUUUUUUUUUUAAAUGUAAAAAGUAUUAACGAAAAAUAAAUAGAAUAUACGCUGUUUUGUCUUUUUAAAAUUAAAAAAAAGAAUAUUUAAUAUUAAUUUUCUUAAGUUGUAAAUGUAAAUACAUAUUAACUUGAAAAUUUCGUAUGUAGAGACGUUCGUAAGUAGAGGUACCACUAUAUAUCCUGUUUUUAUUUAAGUAAUUUAAAAAACAUUUUUUGAAAUAGUGUUUUGUUUUGGGAAAACUGGUCUUGAAAGUCCAGUGUCAACCUGUACUACAUGUCGGCGUCUAAAUGAAAAGGGAGUCUAUGGUAGGAUACCCAGGAAGACCCCACUUCUGACCCAGAGACAAAAAAGCCAGAAACUUACCAGAGAAAGCCAAAAAUGUUUUGGGAAGAAUGUUAGAGCUUUUUGGGAAAAAGGCAUCAACAUAGAGUUUACAGAAAAAGACGAGGCCUUUAAAGAAAAGAACAUGGUCCCUACAGUCAAACAUGGCAGAGGUUCCCUGGUGUUUUGGGGUUGCUUUCCUGCCUCUGGCACUGGACUGCUUGACAGUGUGCAUGGCAUUAUGAAGUCUGAAGACUACCAACAAAUUUUGCAGCAUAAUGUAGGGUUCAGUAUGGGUCUUCCAGCAGGACAAUGACCCAAAACACACUUCAAAAAGCACUAGAAAAUGGUUUGAGAGAAAGCACUGAAGACUUUUAAAGUGGCAGGCAACGAGACCAGACCUGAAUCCCAUAGAACACCUGUGGAGUGAUCUGAAAAUGGCACCCUUCAAAUCUCAGAGACGUGGAGCAGUUGGCCGAAGAAGAAUGGGCUAAAAUUCCAGCAGAGCAUUGUAAGAAACUCACUGAUGGAUACCGGAAGCGGUUGUUUGCAGUUAUUUUGUCUAAAGGUUGUGCUACCAAGUAUAAGGCUGAGGGUGCCAAUACUUUUGUCCGGUCCAUUUAUGGAGUUUUGUGUAAAAUGAUUUUAAAAAAAAUGUCAUUCUCUUUAGUGUUUUUUUUAUCAUUGCCAG